CCAAAAGAAAUAACACUUUGACAUAUUGCCUCUUUCAUUUUCACUUCUCCAUUAAAACAAUCAUUUUGAUUCGAGUUUCGAGCUUUGAAAUGUUCCAAAAUGGUGGAGGAGGAGUGCAUCAACUCCGAGCUACGAGGAAUUCUCGAGGAAUUCACGAGAAUUCGAAAUGCGUACGUUGCGUUGAAAGCUUACUGCGAGAUACGAGAGGAGGCUGCGUCAAUGGAAAAGGAACAGGUCGGAAAAAUGAGAGAGAAUUUGGAGAAACUCUCCGCCACUUAUCUGCUUUUGGAGAAAAGAUACAAGUCUACCGUUGAGAAAUUGCAGACUGAAAUGAACGAACUUCGUAAAGUGAACGAAGAGUUGAAGGAACAGUGCGAUCAUUUACGUCUGGUCAAUGUGGAUCGUGGUGGAAACGCUGAUCAAAUGUGCAAAUUGCAAGAUGAAAUGGAGGCUUUGAAAGCGCAAUUACUGAUGCAAGAGGAGAAACACACCGAGGAUGUUGCGUUGCUGAAGAAGCAACACUCUGACGAACUGCAGAGAUACAAAGUGUUGCUGCAGAACGCGAAACUGGCAUCCACUUCCUGCGAAACGAAGAAAGGGGCACGUGCGAAGAAUUUGGGGAACAACAAAAGGAAAGUCUCGUUUUUUAGAUGGCCAGAAUUGAGCGUAGAAAGGGUAAAUGGCACGUCAUUGGAGAACGAAGAGGAAACUGUGGAUAAAAACUGUGGCAAAAAAAAAAGAAAAUUAUUUUACGAGGACAAAGAUACUCUGAUAGAUAUUUCUUAAAAUAUCUUUUAUACUAUACUGCGGUCAAUGUAAAAUGUUUAUUAACUUUUAUCAUAAAAAGAAUUAACUUUCGAUUUUCGUUA